AUGACUCCUGAAGACAAUUCUAAUGGUAAUGUGACUUGUUCACAAGAAAGUACUGGGAAUACUACAUCUAAGUUUAAGAGCCAAUUGAGAGCCGAUGCACAAGAGUUUAAACCAUCAUUUAAUAUAAUAACUCCAUGUACUAGCACGGCUAGCACAGGUAUAUAUUACCAUGGUGUCAUACCAGCUUAUAAUGCUAGUGAUGUGGACUAUCAACACUAUCAAACUAGUACUAGCUACAAUAUAAAUCUGAAUAGAAAGCGUAUAAGCGGAGACUCCAACAAAUCGCAGACAACUUUAAAUCCCAAUGCUCAGGAAUUUGUACCCAGAGGAUGGAUUAACCCUGUUUCAGAGACUGUUGGAGUUGAAUUUCCUUCACCUAAUGUAUCAAAUACUCCCUAUAUAUCCCAAUUUCCACAACCAACAAUUUUACCUCAAGUAAUACACCCUCCAAUUCAUCACUUUAACAAUAUAAUUGUACAAAAUCCUGAAGUUACACAUCUAGCAAUACCAUCUCAGUCAGUAGAUAUGCCAGUGAUAUGUCAACCUAAAGGAGCAACUGAAAAAGUAGUAGAUGGUUCUAUAGAGCUAUCUAAGAAUUCGGAUCAAAAUGGCGAAAUAAGAAAUGAAUCUAGUGCAGCACCAAUAAAUUUGCAGAAUAAUGGUACAAACCAAAGUGUUCUUCAACAAUCUACUCACUUGACCUUUAAGGAUAAGUUGUUAGCUCGUGUAAAUAACGCUAAUGUUAAUCCUAAUUAUCAAACUAACACACUCCAAGAAAAUAGCCAACAAGCACCAAUAGAAAUGAAAUCUAAAGUGCUAGUUUCGACUACUACAUCUACAACUGUGUCUCCUUCCGAAUCGAAAAAUGGUGUAUCGAAUAACCAAGUUGCCAAAGAGCCUGAAACUGUAGACAAAGUUAAUGAAACUACCACUCAAAUAGUAACAAAACACAUAAAAACUGAAGAAAGGAAUUUUAAAGAAUUGGCAAUAGAAAGCCAUACACAAAAGCAAGUCUCUGCUCCCGUAAGUUGGGCACAAAGGUUAAAGAAUAGUACAAAUAAUGCUCAAUAUAAGAAGGUACAUCACGAAAUUACUGAUAUACAACCUAAAGCUGUAGAGAAGAAAUAUGACAAAGUAAAGGCAUAUGAAAAUGAAGUGUCCUUUGAAGAAUUUAAAUGUAGUGAUAACACUGAUAAACUAGGGGAAACUAAUAAUAUUGAGAAAAAUAAUAAUCCUGAGAAAUCUACUAAAUCUGAAAAGACUGGUAAAGCUGGUAAGAUUGAUAAGGCUAAUGAAAUUGAUAAGAUUAAUGAAAUUAAUGAGGAGAUUAAUGAAAUUAAUGAGGAGAUUAAUGAAAUUAAUGAAGUUAAUGAGGAGAUUAAUGAAAUUAAUGAGGAGAUUAAUGAAAUUAAUGAGGAGAUUAAUGAAAUUAUUGAAAAUAAUGAGAUUUAUAAGAUUGACGAGGUCGAUCAUGAUAAGAUGAUACAUAAGAAUCAUAAGGUUGAUAAGAAUCAUAAGGUUGAUAAGAAUCAUAAGGUUGAUAAGAAUCAUAAGAUUCAUAAGAUUCAUAAGAUUCAUAAGGUUGAUAAGAUUCAUAAGGUUGAUAAAAUUGAUAAAAUUGAUAAAAUUGAUAAAAUUAAUAAAAUUGAUAAAAUUAAUAAAAUUAAUAAAAUUAAUAAAAUUGAUAAAAUUGAUAAAAUUGAUAAAAUUGAUAAAAUUGAUAAAAUUGAUAAAAUUGAUGAAAUUGAUAAAACUAAUAAAGUUAAUAAAAUUAAUAAAGUUAAUAAAAGUAAUGAAACUGACGGAGCUAUUAAUAACAAAGCUGAUAAAGUGGACAGGGUUGAUAAAACUAACGGAGUUAUUGAUGAUGAAAUUAAUAAAAUCGAUAAAUCUGAUAAUAUUGAUAAUAAUAGUGAAUUUGACAGGGAUAAUAAAAUUGAUAGUAAUCAUCAAGUUAACAAAGUUGAUAACAACGAAAUUGUUAAUGAAAUUGACAAAGAAAUUGACAAAGAAAUUGACAAAGAAAUUGACAAAGAAAUUGAUAACAAAGUUGAAGAUAAUAUGGACACUAAUGAACUAUCUGAAAUACCCAAAGCAGUUUAUAACUACCCAGAAAAGAAAGAUAAAUUAAUUGACGGGAAUAUUGAAGGAAAUACUGAUAUAAAGGCAGAGAAUAUUAUAGAAAAUGCAACUGAAACUAAAACUGGGAAUUUGAAACAUAAAGAAUACACUGAAUUACAUAAUAGUGAAGAUGCAAAUAUACAACAUUUAGAGAAACCUAUAGAAUCCCCACUAAGGAGUCCCUUCCCAAUAAUGAUACUAUUAGCCCUAAGAAGUGCAUCUCAGAGUCAAGAUUUAUCUGAUUUAAUGUAUAUACCUCCACAACUAUGUCGUCGAAAUAUGAAUAGUAAGGAAGGCGAGAGAGAAAGUGGAAAUUAUCGUAAUCGCAGUAGUUGGUCUAAUAAUAAUAAUAAUAAUAAUAAUAAUAAUAAUAGUAAUAAUAAUAAUAAUAAUAAUAAUAAUAAUAAUAGUAAUAAUAAUAAUAAUAAUAAUAAUAAUAAUAAUAAUAAUAAUAAUAAUAAUAAUAAUAAUAAUAAUAAUAAUAAUAAUAAUAAUAAUAAUAAUAAUAAUAAUAAUAAUAAUAAUAAUAAUAAUAAUAAACACUAUCAUCGUGAUGCUGCGGGAGGGUAUGGAGGAUCUAGUAAGAGAGAUAGGUAUCAAAACCAAAAUUCAAACUCUGGUAGUGUAACUAACAAAAGAUCGGGAGACCACCAGGGAGGUUCAAAUAAUGUCGGAGGUUCUCUAGAUUGGUCACGAGAUGAAAGGAAGUUGUACCGCUUGGAGAGUUCUGCGGAAAGUUGGGUUGUAAAGCAGAAAGAGCAAAAAGCAAAGGGUGAUCAAUAUGAAACACAUAUUCGUCAAUAUAGGGCUAUUUUAAAUAAAUUGACUAUUGAGAAAUUUGAAAAACUAUAUGACCAAAUAUUGGAAGUUGGAAUUUACACUGAAGAAGAUACAAUUGGCCUGUUAAAACUAGUUUUUGAUAAAGCAACAACGCAGCAUCACUUUAUUCCGAUGUAUGUUGAGCUCUGUGAUAAAUUACGCGAACAUUUAAAGAAUAUCACAACUAUUGAGACCAGAUUUAUAUUGAUUGAUCUAUGUCAAGAAUUAUUUGUUGAGAAUCUAUCCGAAAUGAUUCUUCCAGAGAGUAUACAAGGUAGUGAAGAAGAUGCAUUUGAAUGGCAACUAAAAUAUAAAAAUAAGAUGAAAGGUAAUAUGAUUUUUAUGGCUAGUUUAGUCAAAAAGAAAGUUAUUGCAUCAAGAGUUGUCUUAAUGUGCAUGGAAGAACUAUUACAAUUUCAUCUACCUCACCAUAUAGAAGCCUUAUGUGUAUUUUUACAUCAUGUUGGUCCAUUUCUAGAUAGUGAAAGAUGGAAGCACUAUGAUGACUUUAACACACUAUUCCGACAAUUUGAGGGAUUUGCUAAUAAUCCAGAUAUGCCUGUUCGUAUACGUUUUUUAGUUAAUGAUGUAAUCGAUAGUAGAAAAAAUAAUUGGAGAAUAAAAAAUAGUAGGGAGGGACCAAUGAUGCUUGAUGACCUUAAACUGAAGAUCAGUGCAGAAAGAGGUGAACAUAAUACAAAUAAUAGUCAUUCAACUAACAAAACAAGCAAUACAUCACCACAGAGAUAUCAGAUGGCACAUAGAAAUGAUCGUUAUGGAGAUUCUUCAGUAAACUCUGGGAAGACAUCAACUUCCAAUACUUGGUCGAAAUACACAUAUAAUUACAAGAACUCAAAUUCCUAUGAUACAUCUACAUCAAAUUUUAGAAGUGGGAAUAACCAUGUAACAAAGAAACCAAGCGAUAAUGUAGAAUACACCGCAGAGGAGACUGACAUUGAAGAUGACGGAGGAGCCGUGCCUGAUUCUGUAAAAGAUAGUUUGGGUGGCUUAAUGGACAGUUUCGUUGCAAGCAAUGACUUGGAAGAGUUUUAUGAGCAUGUUAAUGACUUGGAUAUAUCUGUUGAGUAUCACCCAGGCGUUUAUAAAAAUAUGUUUACUCGUAUAGCUGAAUAUAGAGUUAAACAAAGAAGUUUAUUACUUAAGGCACUAAUUAAAUUAGCACUGAAAAGCGACACUUAUAUGAAUGGAGAAGCAGCUAAGUCAGGAAUUUUGAUGGUUUUACAACCAAGUAUAUUGAAUGAUAUAUUAAUUGAUGUACCACAGUUUAAAGAUAUUGUCUUAACGGAAUUUAUUGAUGAAGCAAUUACUUCUUAUGAUCCAAAUGGUCUGGUAUUUGAUGAUGCCUUUAUAACACAAGCAAAGAAACUAGUAAGCUAA